AUGAGGCAUAGUCUACUCUUCGCAGUGGUAGCUCUAUCAUAUGUUGCUCAGGUACGUUCACUCGACGCCCCGAACUUGAACGGGAUUCUCACACGGAAGCAGGGCGCGGUCGUCGACAGGAGACAGGUCAUCAACAUCGAUGGAAACGGCAACGUCAACGUCGAGGGCAACGGCGCCGCGGCGGUCGAGGUGAAGACGGUGGACCUACAAAACGCCGGCGCGGUCCUGGGUAAUGGAGGAAACGGGGGGGGAUCGGGCCAGGGAAACAUCAUCGCCGGCAUCUUGGACGCUCUCAACGGCAACCGAGGGAACCAGAAUGGCGGCGCCGCCAGCUGCCCCCCACCUCCGCCGCCAGUCACUGUCACCAAGACCAUCUAUCAGAACGCCUCAGUCCCGGCGCCGCUGACAAUUUUUGUCACUCAAGCAGCCCCGCCUCCGCAAGUCGUCACGCAACUGGUCACCACGACGGCGCCGCCUGCCGCUCCUCCCCCGGCCGCGCCGCCCGCGGCACCGCCAGCAGCGCCCCCGGCAGCCCCGGCGGCAUCGCAGCAACCCGGUCUCGUCAUCCCUGGCCCCCCUCAGCCGCCGCCCUUUGCCGGUCUCUCGCCCUCGUCCUCGUCCUCACCGCCGCCUGUAGCAAGCGCCCCUCCCAUCGCAGCCGAAACCCCCGUCGCCUCUCAACCCCCGGCCGCCCUCCCGCAGGUUGGCAACCCGGCCGCGGGCGGCAGCCCGACGACGUCCCUGAACCUGGGCGGCCUCCGCGGCAGCGCGGCCAACCAGCCCGCCGCCGACGCCACGCCCCCCGUCGCCGCGAACCCAAUCCAGCCGCAGCUCGCCGUCAGCGGCCUCGAGUUGAGCAAGUCCCUGCAGCUCGGCAACCUAUUGCAGCAGACGAUCCAGCUGCAGGCCCGCGAGACGCCGCCCUCGUCGUAG